UUACUCACUAAGUCGUAAGUGCAAACUUUACUAAACGAAGCCACGUCAGGAAAACUAUUUUAUUUCAACGUUAUUAUUGUUUUACUUAAUUUAUUACAGUUUAUAUAAAAAUUACAAUACACUGAACAUAAGUUUUAUUAUUAUGGCUUUGUAUUCUUAUAUUUUUGGUGUGUUUAUUGCCGUUCUAUCUUAUAUUGUGUAUCAAAAGUACAUAAAUAUAUACACCAGUGUAAUAGUGAAACCACAGAAAAGAUACGAUUAUAUUAUUGUUGGCGCCGGCACUGCAGGAUGCGUGCUCGCGUCUCGUCUCUCCGAAGACCCCACAGUGACAGUUCUACUGUUAGAAGCUGGUGACCAUAUGAGCUAUUUCACUCAAAUACCUCUCACGCCAACUGCUGCGCAGCAAGGACCCAAUGACUGGUCCGUGCGGACUGUACCACAAAAAUAUUCGUCUUUCGGUCUUUGGAGACAGUCCCAAAUAAUCCCUCGUGGAAAGGGCUUGGGUGGUUCCGGACAAAUAAACUUCCUACUCCACGGUUUUGGUCUACCAGAAGACUAUGACCGGUGGUCUCGGCUGGGCUUCAAGGGUUGGACUUUGGAAGAUUUGAAGCCGUACUUCAUAAAAGCAUUUGGAACAGUGAGGAGUGAGUUCGAUUCUGAACAUUGUUCUCUCGAUGGCGUAUGCCCAGGAAAUGAGGCACCGAUAAAACUGAAGCUUAUAGAUGAUCACACUGAACUGAUGAAGACGUUUCGAGACGCCGCCAUGGAAUUAAAAAACAAGUACACCAUAUUCCGGAAGGCGACCGCUACAGUCAAGGACGGGGUUCGCCACUUAGCAUACGAUGCUUAUUUGAAACCCGCAUUGAAUAGAAACAAUUUACACGUCAUGAUAAAUACUCAAGCAGUUUCCAUCCGUUUUGAAAAUAGAACGGCGUCUUCUGUUUACAUUUUACAGAACCAUAGACACCUAAACAAUAUUUUUAUCAAUAAAGAAGUGAUAUUAUCAGGUGGUGCUAUUAAAACCCCACAGCUGUUGAUGUUAUCUGGAAUUGGUCCUAGUGAUACGAUCCACAGGUUAAGAAUAAAACUAGUCGCAGAGAACGAACGCGUCGGUAGAAAUUUGCACGAUCACAUGAACAUGCCUGUCUAUGUAAGCAUCAAGAAGCCCAUCAGCACAACAUUAUCAAAAGUGUUCUCUUUCAACACUAUUUGGAACUAUUUCUGGAAUAAACGAGGUAUUUUGUCCUUUCCACCAGUAGCCGGUGUGGAGUACCAGAACGCAUCAGCUCUGAUGUUAUUUUCAAUGGGAACGGCCAGUGAGAAGUUGUUGAGGGAUCUGUCUAACUAUAAACAUAAGGUAUUUCGAGAUACAUUUCCAUUCCACAAUGACACGAGAAAAGAAGGCUUCAUGUUCUUAGCCACGUGUGUGCAGCCAAGAAGCAGAGGUACAGUGAGCGUGACGGACGCCAGCACGACAGUACCUCCUGCAGUAGACCCAAACUACUUGCAUCAGCAUUAUGAUGUCAAAUGUAUGAUUAAAGCGAUGCGUCGUAUUGAACAAAUGGUAUCCACAAAAGCGUUUAAGGAAAUAGAGGCAAGAGUCCAUUGGCCACGAGUCGAACGGUGUCUUACAUUCUGGAACUACAGUAAACAAGACCAACUAGGCAGUAUACUAAGACGAAAGAGAAGAUUUAAAAUCACAUCAGAAAAAUCGAAUCAUCAAGCAUCACUAACUACUAGAGAGUUAAAAACUAAAGAGAUAAACACGCUCAGUCCACCCGACCAAUACCUGGAGUGCAUCAUCAGGGAGGUAGCGGUGACAGGACACCACGUGGCCGGCACGUGCGCUGGCGGUGCUGUGGUGGAUGAGCAAUUGAGAGUUAAAUCGGUAAAGGGUGUUCGUGUUAUGGACGCGAGCAUUUUACCAUCUCCAAUAUCCUUGUAUCCCAAUUCUGUGCUCAUUGCAAUGGCUGAGAGAGCAGUGGACCUCAUACAAAAUACAAAUACGCAUUAA